CUUGAAUGGAAGUAGAGGUUUUAAUUCACAGUUUAAUUGCUGGCUAAAGUGAAAUAUAAUAAGAUAAGCAUUAUGAAGAUCAAAAAAACAAGAAGGUUGAUGAAUUGAAAUAAUGUAUCUAAGACAAGUACUCUAAAAGUUUCAUAAGCGUGACAGCUAUUAAAGAAGAUGUUUAUUUGUUGACAUUCCCUCUAGAGAUUCACGUUGGAAUACUAACCACUACUUUCGAGAUUAUAAUAGACUUUCAGCAAUUACAAUUACAAAUACAUGCUUACUUUACUAACAAACAUGGAUUGAUUAUAGUUAAAUCUAAGGUACCUAAUUGAUAAAAAAUUAGCUACUUAGACUUUCAGUUUGUCGAUAUAUGUUACGUUUAAAUAACAAUCUUCGAGUGGGGAGUUUUUUUAUUAAUCCAGUGUAUGGUCAACUUGGAUUUAAUUUGUAAUGUAAUAAUAAUGACCAAUGCUUCUUUGAAUCAAAUUUGCGUGAAUCUGAAUUCAUCACUUACUUGGAUAGUUUAAUUGUAACAGCAAUUCAUUCUCUGAGGUUCCAUUUUCUGAGGAUUCUCUUUAUGAUCAAUGAGAUCAACCUAAAGCAUUUUAAAGUCUUUGAAAAUUACAUGGAUAAUAUUAGGUAUCAAGAAGAAAACAACCCUUAGAAAAAAGAAAAUUUCAUAUCUUGGAGGAAAUUACCAAAAGAUGCUGAAAUCCUCUUAAGUAGAAUUAAGAAAGUUGUAAAAAAGUAAUUUAUUAUUUGAACAAUUAAAUAGCAACAUGCAUUUGGAAUUUAGCGCUAGGGAGUAUGAUGAAUAUGGACCAUUAGUAUAAAAGUAAGUAACGACAGAUACCAAAUGCUUAAUUUAAAUAUUACCAGUAGAAAUGAAUGAUCUAGAAGUCGAUAAAUAAUUUUUAAUUUCUGAAGGUGGAUUUUGUAACAUCUACUCUAAGGAAAUCUUUUAUCACUUAUUAAAAGAUGGUUAGAAAUAACCGUAGUCUCAAAAGAGACCACUUGUUAUUAAGACUGACAAAAAUCCAUAAGGAGAAAAAGUGAAAAAGGAGAUUGAGAUUGUCAUUAAAUUAAGCGAAACACAAACUUUGGACCCAAGGUAUUUUUAAACUCCAAUUUUUUAGAGAUUAAUCUAAUAAUCGGCUUAAAUAUUUUAAAUUUUCAGGAUGUUGUCCUUAUGUUGCUCAAUUUUAUUGUGUUCCUAAUAAAUUUGAUAAGGUAUUGAUGGAAAGAUAUUAUCAUUCUUCAUUGGACUUCUUUAAAGCAAAACAAUUAGAAGUCCUCAGUUUAUCAACCAGGGUUUUCAUAGCUCAUAGUAUUGCCAUGGGAUUGAGAUACAUUCACAACUAUGGCAUCAUACACAUGGAUAUUAAGUCAGCCAAUAUUUUGAUAUCCAAGACUUUGAUGGCCAAGAUUACAGAUUUUGGUGAGGCCAUAAAUAAGAGCAAAUAUUCAGACAAAGAGAAACCAGGUAAGACCAUGCCCUUUUGUGCCCCAGAGAUCCAACAGAAACUAGAACCAAACCAAUAUACAUAUGCAUAUGAUAUCUAUUCCUUUGGUGUAUUGCUUUUUGAACUAUUGUUCGAUCGAUUCCCAAUAGUAACAUAAUUAUGCUAUAAACAUAGGAUUUUAGAAGAUAGAAUUUAAAACCCUUAGAGGAGAAAUUACAUAAGUUGGCUUAUUCAGUUAGGUAUGAUGAGAAUUUUGAUAAAGAUUUGGGACCACAGGGGAUUAUGAAAUAUUUGGGAAGAAUGUGUCUAUAAUGUAAAAAAUAUUGCGAUUAUCUUCAUAUAGGUAUGCAACCAGAUCCAGCUCUUAGACCCAACAUAGACAAGAUGGUUUUAGUUUUGAAGGAUUGUUUGACAUAUUUAGACAAAGUAUAUUGA